UUCGUUUGGGAAGCCGGCUGUCAGCAUGUCUUUUCCUAAGGCGCCGCUGAAGCGAUUCAAUGAUCCUUCAGGCUGUGCACCCUCUCCAGGUGCUUAUGAUGUUAACACUUCAGAAAUAUCUAAAGGACCGGUAUCCUUUCAGAAAUCACAGAGAUUUAAAAAACAAAAAGAAUCUCAACAAAAUCUUAGUGUUGACAAAGAUAGUACCGUGCCUUCUUCAGCUAAAAAAGCUAAGACUUUGAGAUUAAAGAAAGAAUCUCAAAAGAAUGAUAAAGAUUUGAAGAGACUAGAAAAAGAGAUUCGUGUCCUCGUCCAGGAGCGUGGUGUUCAAGACAAGAGGAUCCAGGAUAUGGAAAAUGAGUUGGAGAAGAUGGAAGCAAAGUUAAAUGUUGUAGUCAGGGAAAAAACAUCUCUCUCUGCAAACAAUGCUUCACUGGAAAAACAGCUUAUUGACUUAACUAGAACUAAUGAACUACUAAAAUCUAAGUUUUCGGAAGAUGGUAACCAGAAAAAUAUAAGAAUGCUAAGCCUGGAGCUGAUGAAACUUAGAAACAAAAGAGAAACAAAAAUGAGGAGUAUGAUGGCUAAACAAGAAGGCAUGGAAAUGAAGCUGCUGGUUACUCAGAAGAAUCUGGAAGAGUCUCAGGGGAAAAUAGCACAACUUGAGGGGAAACUUGUUUCAAUAGAGAAAGAAAAGAUUGAUGAAAAAUCUGAAACAGAGAAACUCUUAGAAUACAUCGAAGAAAUUAGUUGUGCAUCAGAUCAAGUGGAAAAAUAUAAGCUAGAUAUUGCCCAGUUAGAAGAACAUGUGAAAGAGAAGAAUCAUGAAAUUUUAAUCCUUAAGCAGUCUAUUGAGGAAAAUGUUAUCUUGUCUAAACAAGUAGAAGACCUGAAUGCUAAAUGCGAGCUGCUUGAAAGAGAAAAAGAAGACCUUCUCAGCAGGAAAACGGAAAGGGAUGAAAGUCUAAAUGCAGAGAUGCAAAACUUAAAAGAGAAGCUUAUUCUGGAAAAACAAGAACAUGAAAGACUACAACAAAAAGAGUUGCAAAUUGAGUCACUUCUCCAACAAGAGAAAGAAUUAUCUUCUAGUCUUCAGCAGAAGCUAUUUUUUUAUCAAGAAGAAAUGAUUAAAGAAAGAACUCUUUUUAAGGAAGAAUUAAAACUUGCACUGGAAGAACUAGAUCUAGUUCAGCAAAAGGAAGAACAAACUGAAAGACUGGUCAAACAGUUGGAAGAGGAAACAAAAACUACAGCAGAAGAACUAAAACUCUUAGAAGAACAGUUGAAAGAGAAGGAAGCUGAAAUGGAGAAAAAUGAUGCUGCUCACAUGCAGGCCACCCUAAUUUUGCAGGAAAGGUAUAAUAGUACAGUGCAAAACCUUGGAGAUGUUACUGCUCAAUUUGAAAGCUAUAAAGCAUUAAUAAUUAGUGAGCUAGAAGAUCUUAGACUGGAGAACUCAUCACUACAGGAAAAAGUGGCCAAGGCUGAAAAAAGAGCAGAGGAUGUUCAACAUCAGAUACUGACAACUGAAAGCACAAAUCAAGAAUAUGCAAGGAUGCUUGUAGAUCUACAGAACAAAUCAGCACUGAAAGAAGUAGAAAUUAAAGAAAUGACAGUUUCUUCUCUUAAAAAGAUAACUGAUUUGCAGAACCAACUCAAACAACAAGAUGAAGACUUUAAGAAGCAACUGGAAGAGGAAGAAGUAAGAAAAGUUGGGAAAGAAAACACAGUGGCAGAAUUAACUGAGGAAGUUAAUAAAUGGCGUCUCCUUUAUGAAGAACUGUAUAAGAAAACAAAACCUUUUCAGCUUCAACUGGAUGCAUUUGAAGCAGAGAAACAGGCUUUGUUGAGUGAACAUGGUGCAACUCAGGAGCAGCUAAAUAAAAUAAGAGAUUCAUAUGCGGAAUUAUUGGGUCAUCAGAAUCUGAAGCAAAAAAUCAAGCAUGUUGUGAAAUUGAAAGAUGAAAAUAGCCAACUGAAAUCGGAGGUGUCAAAACUCCGAUCUCAGCUUGCUAAAAAGAAACAAAAUGAGAGAAAACUUCAGGAGGAAUUGAAUAAAGUUCUGGGUAUCAAACACUUUGAUCCUUCAAAGGCCUUUCAUCAUGAAAGUAAAGAAAAUUUUGCCCUCAAAACUCCAUUAAAAGAAGGCAAUUCAAACUGCUACUGAACUCCUGUGCAGUGUCAAGAAUCAUGCAAGUAAAUGUCUGAAAACCCUGUUGAAGAUUAUUUUAUACUUACUGCUAUUAUUGUUGAUGUUAUUAUUAUGUUUACAAUGGGUGUCUUAUAAUGUUAUAUUUAAUGUGAAUUUGAGCAUUUGAGCUUCCUAUCCUCAGAUAUGUAAAGGAAGUUCAACUUUUUUCAGUUAGGAGGGAGUUCAACUUUUUUUUUUUUUAACCAAAAUUUCUGAUGACAUUUUCUAUUGUAAAGUAACUCCUUAUACUUUAUUAUUUAAUUCUAAACAUUCUAAUUGGCUUUUUGGUUUUCAGUACACACCAUCAAAUUAGCAUCUCUUUAAAAAUGACCAUUCAGAUUAUUAUUCCCCUAUUCUGUAACCUCAGUUUCAAGUUUCUAAUUAUCAGAUUAUUUUAGCUUGAUUCUGGAGUCUUUUCUAAUCUGAAAAGGAUCAGAAAGGCUUAAAUACAUUUUGCUCAUUCUUGCUUCUGCUUUGAUUUACUAAUAAUGUCUAUUCUGACCUACUCAUCAUCAUUUGUCCAAUUCAAACAUGAAAUAAGGACAGACUUAACUCUUAGUAACCUCAUUAUCGUUUAUCAAAGUCACUGAGUUAUUUAAUAAUUUACAGAUUCCUAGACUCUAUCUUAAUUUGUAAUUAGGCUUAUAAACCUGCACUUUUAACAAAUUCUUCGAAUAAUUAUUAGAUAUGCUAAAAAUCUUAGAAACUUUGCAAGUAACCUCUUUAGAGAACUUGAUUUGUAUAUCUACUGAAACUUUGUUUAGUAUUUGUGUAAUAUGAAAUAAAAUCACAGAGUAAAUUUACUCAGUUAUUAAAUUUUCAUUUUAUGAAGCUACAUUAAUUCUUCUUUAAGAUAUAUUUAUUUUCUUUGUUCCUUCCACCACCACGAUACUGGCCCUUGUUCCCAGUAAUCACAAAUGAUACUCUUUAGAAAGUGGUAAUUCUCCCUCUGCUAUAUCUGAUUUGCACAAUUGUGUGAUUGUAAAACACCAUUUUUGUAAUGUUGAUGGACUAACAGACAAUCACAGAAUAGUUUUUCUUAAUAAAUUAUUUUGUCAAACCUUAA